UUCCUCACCAGCCCUCCCACCUACCCAGCCAAAACAUCACCGCACAUCUUCCCGGCGAAGCAGCAGCAACCAGCGGCAUCCAUGGCCCCCAAGGCGGAGAAGAAGCCGGUGGCGGAGAAGGCCGAGAAGACGACGGCGGCGAAGAACACCAAGGCCGAGAAGCGGCCGCCGGCGUCCAAGGAGGGCGGCGAGAAGAAGGGGAAGAAGAAGGCCAAGAAGAGCGUGGAGACGUACAAGAUCUACAUCUUCAAGGUGCUGAAGCAGGUGCACCCGGACAUCGGCAUCUCCUCCAAGGCCAUGUCCAUCAUGAACUCCUUCAUCAACGACAUCUUCGAAAAGCUCGCCGGCGAGUCGGCCAAGCUUGCGAGGUACAACAAGAAGCCCACCAUCACGUCACGGGAGAUCCAGACCUCCGUCCGCCUCGUCCUCCCCGGCGAGCUCGCCAAGCACGCCGUCUCCGAGGGCACCAAGGCCGUCACCAAGUUCACCUCCACUUAGAUAGCCUGCUCCUGUGUCUUCUCUGAAUGUGUUGAUUUCUCCUGGCUGUUGGUGAAUCCAUUGUUCGCUGUAGUUAGAUGUUCAGAGUA